AUGAUUUUGCAUUUCAAGGUAGGGAAGAAGAUUGUUUUGUUUACAGUCUUCCUCCCCGUCACCUUAGGCACACUGCUUGGGAUGGCUGUGCACAGCACAGCCAUCCGGAUCAGUGUGCUUACAGUGAAGCACACACCCCCCCCCGUGAAGUAAAACACUCCCUACAUAUAGUUAACCCUUUGAUUACCUCUCAUGUUAACCCCUUCCUGCCCAGUGUCAUUAGUACAGUGCCAGAGCUUAUUUUUAGCACUGAUCACUGUUUUAGUGUCACUGGGGAUGUCAGUGACACCAAGUUAGUUCCCCCCAAGUGUCAGAAUGUCCGCCGCAGUCCCACUAUA